GAUCUCCCCUCACGCACACACUGCAGAUCCAGCAUCCCUGUGCACACACAUCUCUGCACUACACCCCGAUGGUGACAGGCACACAAAGGACCCGGGCUGAUGUCCACUGUAGCCCUGCUGUGUGUCAGGCUGCCUGCUGUCCCUCUCCUGUCCCCUUUCCCCGGGGCUGAAUGGUUAUGUAUGAAUGAUGCGUCUAGAGCUGCUCUGGGUUGUAGCUGCUGUGAUCUUUGCCAUGUCUGAGCUGGGGUUUCCUCUGGAGAACUCGUCAUUCCCCACUGACACUGCUCAGCCUGAAAACGUCACCCAAUGGCACCAGACCCUGGAACUUCCCCAAGUCACUUACCCCAGCAGGUUGGUUGGGCAGACCUCAGGAUCUGAGACCCCCAGAUAUCAACUGGACACCUGGGUCAGAAAUGAGACAAGUCCAAUCUUGUCAGCCCAUCUCGCCAGAGUCAGUUUCCUGGUUCCAGCGUUUAGGAAAGAGCUUAUCCUGGACUUGGAGCUAAAGCACCAUCUUUUAUCAUCUGGCUACACUGAAAUAAUCUACAAUGAUCACAACAAUACUCGGGUGCAGAGUCCUGGUUCAGCAGGAGAUCACUGCUAUUACAGCGGUCAUGUGCGUGGGGUAGAGGUGUCAUGGGUUGCCAUCUCCACUUGCUACGGGCUCAGUGGGGCAUUUUCGGACGGCAUGUUCACCUAUACCUUAUACCCCCAGGAUCACAGCACUGAGAAGUCUCUGCCAUGGCCUCAUGUCAUUCAACGGACCAGGAUGUGCACAGAACCAGACUGUGAGCACCCCACUGACAUUCCAAGAAGCUCAAAAAUUCGCAGGAAAAGACAGGUCCGCCGGAUUGUACGCUCUGCUUUGUCUGAAACCAAAUACAUCGAGCUCAUGGUGGUCAAUGACCGACGUUUGCUUGAUCAGCGGCAGUCUCUGGGUCUUACAAGUAGUUUUGCCAAAUCGGUGGUGAAUUUAGCAGACACUAUUUUCAGGGAGCAGUUAAAUACCAGGAUCGUGCUGGUCGCCAUGGAAACCUGGACUGCAGGAGACAAGAUUUCAGUGAGCGAAGACCCUCUGCAAGUGCUGGCCGAUUUCAUGAAGUACCGAAGCACAGAGAUAUCUGAACAUAGCGAUGCCACUCACCUCUUCUCAGGGCGCACAUUUAAAAGCAGCCGUAGUGGAGCAGCCUACUUUGGUGGAAUCUGCUCUCUGACCAGAAGUGGAGGAUUGAUAGAGUAUGGAAGCAUUGGUGCCAUGGCAGUGACGCUGGCACAGACUCUGGGACAAAACUUAGGCAUGAUGUACAACAAACCCCGACCGGCUGCUGGUGAAUGCAGCUGUCCGGAUCUGUGGCUGGGCUGUAUUAUGGAGGACACCGGGUACCACCUCCCCAAGAAGUUUUCCCGCUGCAGUGUUGAUGAAUACCGCCAGUUCCUGCAAAAUGGAGGAGGGAGGUGCUUAUUUAACAAACCCCUUAAGCUGCUGGACCCUCCAUCCUGUGGGAACGGAUUUGUGGAAGUGGGGGAGGAAUGUGACUGCGGUUCUCCUGCUGAAUGUAACAGAACUGGAGCUGGAAACUGCUGCAAGAAGUGUACACUCAGCCAUGAUGCCAUGUGUAGUGAUGGUCUGUGCUGCCGCCGCUGUCGGCAUGAGCCUCGGGGGACCGUCUGUCGGGAGUCAGUUAAUGAAUGUGACGUGCAAGAAACUUGUCCAGGAGACUCCAGUGUGUGCCCACCCAAUCUCCACAAACAGGACGGAUACUUCUGUGAUGAUGAGCAGGGCCGAUGUUAUGGAGGCCGAUGCAAGACCAGAGAUCGUCAGUGCAAUACAGUGUGGGGACGCAGUGCGUCUGACCGGCUUUGCUAUGAAAAGUUAAACAUUGAAGGGACGGAGAAGGGGAACUGUGGGAAAGAUGGAGAUAAAUGGAUUCAAUGCAGCAAACAAGAUGUGCUGUGCGGCUACCUCCUAUGCUCCAAUAUCUCCGGAAGCCCAAAGAUUGGAGAGCUGUUCGGUGACAUCACCAGUAUGACCUUCUACUACCAUAACCGAUAUCUGGACUGCAGAGGGGGUCAGGUGAUGCUGCCAGAUGACUCAGGUUUGGGUUAUGUAGAGGACGGGACGCCAUGUGGACCCAACAUGAUGUGCCUAGAUCGGAAGUGCCUACCGGCAACCACAUUCAACUUCAGCACAUGUCCAAGCAGUGGGAGGGGAGAGGUGUGCUCUAGCCAUGGGGUUUGCAGUAAUGAGGGGAAAUGCAUCUGUCAUUUAGACUGGACUGGGAAGGACUGUAGUGUUUUCGAUCCUCUUCCUGUUCCUAAAGUCACCGGGCUGGUGGACAAAUAUAAAGGUCCGAGUGGCACAAACAUCAUCAUUGGGUCCAUUGCAGGAGCUGUGCUCAUUGCUGCCAUUGUACUGGGGGGAACAGGCUGGGGAUUCAAAAAUAUUCGGAGGGGAAGGUCUGGAGGUGGAUAGCCAAACUGCCUGGGACCUCUGGCACACUCUCUUCUGGCCAUUUCCCAAUAUUCUCUAUCAUUCCCAUGACACCUCUAGGCCUUGCUAAGACAGACAAGAUGGCGAUCUGUUGGAAUGCGGGAAGAAUGAACGGGUUGCAGUAGGGAAACUACAAUGACUAUUUAUGGGAUCUCUCUCUCCUGGUCUUCCAGAACUGGAACAUAAACUGUCUCGCCUGCAGGACAGUGAAGAACUGCUAGUGGGCUUCAUACGCCAGAAGCCUCAAUGAACUUAUCAGUCUUAAAGGCUGGAGCAAUGUAAUCCUAGAAAGGACUGACCCCCUAAUUACAUGUCACUGCCAUUAGUCCACUUUGAUAUUGGGGAGGACUGACCCUUGUAAAAGGAAAAAACUAAAAAAAAAAAAACUAUUUACUAUAAUGGGAUCAACAACUACCCAAAUGAUGUAUCCCUCGCCGCUAUACAAGGGAUAUUUUACUGCCCAGCACUUAAGUACAACGUUUACACAAGGCCACAGCAAACCAGUCAGUCACUAAUUUUGCAUUCUAAAGCUAGCCACAAACAAGACCUUAAAAUGGUCAAUUCCACAAAAUGUAUCAAAAAAGUAUGUAAUGGAGUCACCAGGAUUAAAAGUCAAAGCCAGGCCUUUUUUUAGAUUGGUCACGUUUAGGUUGAAUCGCCCUUUACGUGUCCCAUAGACUCCAGAUGUGGCACUUUCCUCACACUAUUUUGGCUUCAGCCCCUUACUUACAUUAAAGGAGGUCUCUUGGGGUUGGAUUCUUUACAUAUCUAUUUUACCCAAUGGAGGAGCACAACAUGGCUGUAUGACUUUCCAAUGGCUGUGAAUUUAGAAUGGGCAGUGCUGGUGGGAAUAGCUCACCACUGGAGUCCUCUCUGAGAUAUAACAGAGGCUGGCCCCUUAUACUGGCCCUCUGACUUCAGUACUUAGAUUUUCCUGGUUUGCAUACUUGUUGCAGGUCACUGAGCCACAGAGAACACAACAGUCCUUAUCUGCAUGCUUGCUACAAAAUCAAUAAAGUACUGAAGCAAAAGGUUCAGCAUGACAGCCAGGCAACUAACAUUUACACAUUGAAGAGUCAACAACGGCAUCCUUCACUGAUUUCAGUAGAGAGAAUUGUGAUUCUUAGAAGAUGGCCUGGUACUAUAUUGCAUGCUUUUUUGGUAAUUUAUUUUUUGCACAAAAUUGAUCAAUGCUAGUUUCUGAUUGGUUGCUGUGGCUACAGUAUCCAUUUAGCUUGCAUUUUAGUGAAUGAGCUGUAGAGUGGUGGCAGCCUUUUUGGAAUUAUUCUAUACCAAUAUGAGCACAGCUGAUCUGUUUAUCAGAAAAGUAGUUAAUGCUUUGUGAGGUCCUGGACACUGGUAUGGAUAAUCAUAUACCAUCUGAAUAACCAUUUUUAUAAAAUAUGUUCAUCUACAGCCUUAGAAAUAAAAAAAAAAAAAAAGAUACAACUCCUAGUCAAGGAGCUGUAAGCAGAGCCACACAAAGCGUUCUGCAUAAUGGGACCACCGACAUACAGGAAGAACCACAAAGCCAUCUACCUAGCAUGCAGAUACUCCUUUACAAAAUCUCAGAAGCCUCUAUGGAGAAGGAUUGUAGAUAAAGUGCCACUGUUUUGGAGAGUUAAAGCAAAAGCCAACAUGCACUCUGCCGUAAACAUCAAUGUAGUCUUUCUACCUCAAAAAAA